AUGACCGUAGACUACAAAGUGUUGCAAAUUACUAAAAGAAGUGAAAUCCGAUAUCAGGCUUUGAAUCAUAUCAAUGACAUUCUACAUUCUAUGGGUCAUGAUAUAAAUGAGUAUGAACUCAUGCCAGAAACUAUCAGGCCUUCUGUCACAGCCAAAGAGGCAAAAGAGAUUCAUUUUGAAAGAUCUAUUAUUGUCAGCGAAGACGACGUGUUGUUACACAGGAAAUUAAACAAAAAUCAACUCAUUGCAUAUAAUGUGAUUACUGAAAGGAUAUUUUCAAAUAAAGCGGGUGCAUUUUUCGUGGAUGGUCCAGGAGGAACAAGGAAAACUUUUUUAUACCGUGCUUUAUUAGCAACUAUACGAUCUAUGGGAUAUAUAGCUUUGGCAACAACUACUUCUGGUGUUGCUGCUUCUAUUUUUCCAGGGGGACGUACUGCACAUUCAUAUUUCAAAAUUCCUAUUGACAUCGAUGAAAAUGCCAGUUGUAACAUUAGCAAAGAAAGUUCACUUGCAGGUUUAAUACGCGAUGCAAAAUUGAUUGUGUGGGAUGAAGUAUCUAUGGCCAAAAAGAAAAUGUUGGAAGUUUUUGAUCUAUUAUUAAAAGAUCUGAUGGAUACAAAUGCAUUAUUUGGCGAAAAAGUUGUAGUUUUCGGAGGUUAUUUCAGACAAACUCUUCCUGUUGUGCGAUACGGAAAAAAAGAAGAUUUCAUUAGCGAAAGUUUGUUAUAUUCUAACAUUUGGAAUCAACUUGAAAAAUUAAAGCUAUCUGAAAAUAUGAGAGCAAAAAUGGAUCCUGCAUUUUGUGAUUAUUUGCUAAAAAUUGGAAAUAGACAAGAACAAGUAAAUUCAGCAAACAAGAUUGAAAUUUCAGAUUCAUUGAUUUUUUCUUACACAAUCGAAAAAGAAUCUCUAGAUAAAUUAUUCACAGCGACAUAUUCAAAUUUGGAUUUGUUAUACUCUAAUUCAUUCUGUACAGAUUCUCGUGUGAUCUUAACAACAACAAAUGAUUUCGUAGAUGAAAUUAAUGAUAUGCUUAUUGAUCGAUUAACUGGAAAAUCAAAAACAUAUAUUGGCACCGAUGAAGCUAUUGAAUUUAAUAACCAAACACAAUUCGAAGAUUUACUACACACUUUAAAUCCUCCUAUUUCUCCAUCUGCCCGUGAGAAGAGCACGUAUUACUACGGAUUUUGGAUAUUGAAAUCGAGGAAGGGAUUCCCACCCUCGAUGAUGUCGAUAUAUCCUCAUAUUAAUCGAUUAUCUGAAGAACAAUGGUCAUCGGAUGCUAUUUACAGCGAGAAAGGGAAGUCAUUACUUUCUCCAAUGCAAGGAUUGUUCGAAGCUUUAAAGACAUAUCGAAAAUAUGACGACAAUAUAUUGUUGUUUCGACCUAAGGAAAAUGCAAUGCGCUUGAAGAUGGGUGCUGAACGCAUGUAUGCCUUCACUAUUCCUCCUCCAGGAAAUGGUUCGGUCAUUUUAGUCAUUUCACUGUUUACAUUGCUUCUUGAUGGAUUUUCAAAUGGAUAUGUCGCUCCUUUAGCUUUACAUUGA